AUGGUGGAAAUAGUGGAAACUCUUGUAGUUAAUGGAGAAAUCGUAGCAGUGGAAGGAGAAACCGAUUCUCUGAUUGGAGAAACCGUAGAAACGGUAGUAGUAAAAGGAGAAACCGACUCUUUCAUCGGAGAAACCGACUCCUUUAUCGGAGAAACCGACUCUUUCAUCGGAGAAACCGACUCUUUCAUCGGAGAAACCGACUCCUUCAUCGGGGAAAUGGUUUCUCGAAUGGAUUCCCGGGCUGCGGGGGACAUUCCGAGCAUGGCUUUGAGCUCGUUCAUGUCGGCGGUCUUUCGAUGCGGCCCGCUCACCGGAGACAGCAGCAGCAGCGAGCUGUCGGAGAGAGAGCCCGUCGACGCGACCGACGACAUUCGCGACGAGCGGCGCACGCGCGGAGGCGACGGCUCCGAAUCGAACUGGGCCAAAUAG